CCAUGGGGAUUCACCCCGGGCUGCGGCGGCAGCUAGUAGCAAAGCAGCUGGAGUCACCGGACUGCCGCCGGUCAACCAUCGACGGCCACACUACCGCCCCAAUCUUGCUCAUCACCGUCGUGGUCGACAACGCUUUCCGCGCCACGAGCGCCAUCCAAUGGCACAGCUUCUGCCAGGGGCCGAUGACUGGCAUGUCGCCGGCGGACGGUAUCAAGGGCUUGACGUCCACGUACUACUAUUAUGUGGAUGAUCGCGCAUGCUAUGACCGAGACUGCGCUGCAAAGUUCACCGGCGCCCAGGGAGGUGAGGCCGGUCCGACCGUCGGCGGCCACGCUUGCACCGCCAAGGAACGUGCUGUCCGCCACAGAAGUCAGGGGCUGUCCUCCGGCCAACGAGCGGACACCGCCGCCAGACAUGAUGAAGUCAACGUGCUGCGGAAAGACGAGAGACAGACCGCCUGCGGUUGUGCACGCCGCGAACCAAAAUGUCAGGUACAUUCUCUUGGUCAGGGGCCAUAUGCGUGCACCACAGCGCAACUCAUGGCCAACUGUCCUAUCAUCAGAGAAGAAGGCGCGGUCGAGGAGCUCCUCCGAUGGUCCGGCCUGACAUUGGAGGCCGUAUCCUCGUGGAUUGCUGGUAUAUGCGGGGGCAGGGACCAUGCCACGUGCCCAGAUCCCUGAAUCUCUACUCUUGGCCCAUAACCCUGUUAUCUACCUCAAUGGCGAAGGUCCAGUCGGGGAGCCUUGAGGAGAGGGCACAUUAAGCGUGAGGUUUGGAGGUCAAGCGAAUUCACGUGUCUCACAGGCUUUGAGCUUCCGGCUGCCUAGAGUUAAUACUAUUUGUUUUCACUAUAAAUAAACAUUAUACAUUUUCUCUGAUAUUUUUUAGUAUUGAUGCUUCAUUUGUGCUUUUUUCUUUGCGAUUGCUUGGUUUAUGCUUCAAGUUUGUAAGGUUUUUCUCAGGUGUAUUUCGUUGUAAUCUACUCCCUCCCUCACGUAAUAUAAGAGUGCUUUUGACACUA